AUGACUUUGGGACUAUUUUUCAGCAUCGCCUCAUUUACCAUAUUGCUUGUCGUGAUGUACUUUCUAAUCAAAAUCUACUUGGCUCAACCUGCAACAUCAACAACAAACUGCAGCGGGAGGAAACCCUUCUCCUUAGAGGGUGCGAAAAGGGAAAAUCAAGAAAAAGUUAUCAGAGAGCAGAGAGAACUACAAGCGGGGAUACCGUGGAACAAUGAAGGAGCAGAAAGAACAGGCCCUGUAGAACACGAUGAACGCCUGUGUCCGAGAGUAAGUAUAAGAUUUAUUUUAAAUCUUUUUUUUAUGAGUGAGCAGUUUAAUAAAGAACGGCACUAAUUUUUCCCGCCACCCUAGCAUGUUCCAGGCUCUCAGAUGCUAGGGAAGACGCGUGAGUGAAAGGCACGCAAAAAUGUGAGACACGGGUAUAGUAUGAACACCUAAGUAUCUGAUAUGUGACUCUUCAAUUUAGAGUCAGCUGCGCGGCGCAGUUGACUCACCUUUACAGAAAAAACAACCAAAAUCACCGUUCUUACGUGUGAACAGAAGCCCUAUCCGUUAUUAAUAGCAAGUGUGAACAUAGCCUUAAGCCAUAGUCGAUUCCAAAGUUGUAGUUUAUAAUCGUGUAACUUAUAACCAUUUAAAAGGGUGUCGGCGCAUGUCUUUGACUCAGGGUUAAAAAGAUUGCAAUGAAUUAGUUGUGGUAUGAAUAUUAUAUAUGAUGUAUUACUAGCAAAGCGGGGCCGGUUGAAAUCGCAACAUCCAUCUGAUAGGUUUUGCGAGCCAAGCAAAAUUAAAUUUAAAAACUCGUUUCUUGGUUUUUCUCUACAACUUUGGUGGAAACCGGCCUAUUUAGUUUCAAUGUUUGUUUGAAAAGGUUUUCUGUUUGUAUUUUUCCUAAAAUUGAAGUUAUUGGAAUGUUAUUUUAUAAAAUACGUGUCAACAACUAAGCUGUCAAUGACAAACCAUAAUCACUCUAAUCAGUGAGAGAAAUUUGUAAGGAUUUUUUUUCUCUGAUUUUAUUUUCCAAUUUUUUUAGAAUGAAAUAAUGUUAUGUUAUUUUAUUUCAGAUGCACCAGAGUGAUAGCGGCGGGACUUUAUACGGCGAAGAUUAGCCUAAUUAAAAGUAAAGAUUGAUGAUGAUGAUGAUGAUGAUGAUGAUGAU